AUGUCAAUGAAAAGUAUAAAAUAUCCCUUUGUCGAUUAUAGUACAAUUGAUGCUCAAUAUUCAUUAGAAUUACAAGAACACGUAAUUGUUUCAAUAACAUUACCGUUAGCAUUUAUAAAUGUAACUUCAUCAUCAGAAACAGAUGAUAGUGGCGACAAACCAUUAACUAUUUGGCCAAUUACCAUUGCGUCUAUAUUAACUAGUAUAAUUUUAAGUGCAUCUGUCACUUUUUAUAUUUUAUAUAAAUCAAGAAUUAAACGAUUUUAUUCAAUUAUUGAGAAAUUAAAUGAAUUUAAUGCAAUUGAUAAUCAGAGAGGAAUCAAUUGGAGAAUUAUUUAUGAUGUUGGAAGGAAACUUCAUGGUUAUUAUAAAUUAUGCCCCCCUUUUAAGUGCUCUCAAAGGUUUCUUAUGGUCGAAAUUGGACCACCUUCCAUUAUGAAUAUUAGAUCAUCUGCAGAGCAGGCAGGAGAAGCAUUGAAACAUGAAAAGUUUACAUUUGCAAUAUCAAGUGACUUAACUAGAACAAUGACCACAGCAAAAUUAAUUCUCUCACGGAAUAUUUAUUUCGUCACAAAUCCAAUGGAAUUGCGUACAGAUUUUCGGUUAAGAGAACAACAUUUCGGUAAUUUUGAAGAUAAACCAUAUAACAUACCUGUGAAAUAUGCCAUAACUCCUCCUGAUCCUCGGAUAAUAAAAUUUGCCGGAGAAGGAGCAGAAUCAUUACAAGAUGUAUUCAAUAGAGCAAUGUCAUUCAUAUCAGAUUUACUAACACAUUAUCAACAAAGACGACAACAAAUCACUUGUCAACAAGAAUAUCCACACAUAUUAAUCGUGUCACAUUCGAUUUUUAUUAAUGAAUUUUUAAAUGCUUUGUUGACACAUAAAACAUUGUUACAUCAGCAACAACCAUGGCAAUUUGUUCCUUUACAUAACACUUCUAUAUAUACGAUAAGAGUUCAUCCAUGUGAUGACUACCAACAGGAACCUUUACGUAUUGAAGUCAUUAGAAAUAAUUAUCUUGAACAUCUUAAUGGAUUAAUUAGACAGCAAGGUGGUAUAGGUAGUGCCGCUUAUGAUAUUAAACAAAAGAAGAUAUCUUCUUUUUUUCAAAAGAAACAACAAAAUUCAAGAAUUGUUACACAAAGAGAAAUCAUAGAAGAUCCUAUGGAUGAAGAUUAA